UAUACUGUUCGUUUGACGUUUUGCUAAUGGCUUAUGCUUAACAAGCAAUUCAUUUCUAACCAGUUAUUAUAUAUAUAUACUAUAAACUUGUUUAUUUAUAUCUUUAAACGAAACAGUUAACGAAACCUUCAAGUGAGACAAAGAUGUCAAGAGAAAACUCCACGGCGACAACUGACGACCUCCACGACGACGUCACCAUCAGAACGACGGAGAUGCACACAAGCGGUGAGCCAGUGCGCAUCAUCGAGUCGGGUUUCCCCCAUCCAGUAGGUUCCACCGUGCUGGAACAACUGGAUUACACUCGCCAACAUCUGGACGACUACCGCAGGUUGCUCAUGCUUGAACCCAGAGGCCACUUCGACAUGUUCGGCGCGCUGCUCGUAAAACCAAAGAUUGCCGAGGCCGACAUCGGCGUCAUCUUCCUGCACAACAACGGUUACAGCAACAUGUGCGGACACGCCGUCAUUGCCCUGGCUAGGUAUGCCGUGGACAAGGGACUGGUGACGUCCAGGACGUGCCCCGAGACGAAGCUUGCUAUAGAGUGUCCCUGUGGUCUGGUGCGGGCCUUCGUUCAGUUUGACGGCGAGAAGACUGGGUCCGUCAGGUUUCGAAGUGUCCCAGCAUUCGUCCUCGAAGCAGACGUCGUGGUUGACGUAGAAGGUUUCGGCAAGGUCAAGGUGGACAUUAGCUAUGGAGGCGUCUUCUACGCUCUGGUAUCGGCGAAGACCCUGGCUUUAAACCUGAACACAGCUUGCGCAAGAGACGUGGCCUACGCUGCUGAUGCCGUCAGUGCUGCUGUGAAGAGCCAGGUUGAAAUCUCCCACCCGGAGAGCAGUGGGCUCAACUACUUGAUGGGGACGAUCGUGACGGACGGACAGGAUCGGUUCUCCGAGGACGCCACGACCAACAUUUGUAUCUUUGCUGACAGGCAGGUGGACAGGGCACCGUGUGGAUCUGGCGUCACAGCACGUGUCGCCCUCCAGCACCACAAGGCGCUCAUCCAUCUGGGCCAGGUCCGCAGAUUCCAGAGUGGAACCACUGGCGGCAUAUUUACCGGAAAGGUCGUUGAGGAGACCACGUGCGGUGGCUACAAGUCCGUGAUCGUGGAGGUGUCUGGGAAAGCUUUCUAUAUGGGCUCCAACGUGUUCACCUGGGAAGCAGACGAUCAACUCGGCCGUGGCUUUCUCGUCCGAUAACGCGGCGCAAGAUAUCAGCAAAUUAAAUAAAGUGUAAUCAUAAUGCAGUAAUAAACAGAACGUUUAACCUU